AUGGUGAAGGCACGAAAGUACGUCGUAGUGAAAAGAUUCGACGGUCUUCCGAAAAGAUCAGACUUCGAAAUAGUUGAAUAUGAACUUCCACCAUUGAAAGACGGCGAAAUAUUGAUUAAGGCGGAAUGGAUAAGCGUAGAUCCAUAUCUUCGAGCAUUUCAUUCAGCGUUUACAUUACCCUACGAUCAGUUCAGCGUUCAGGUUGGAGUUGUUCAAGAAUCGAGAGAUCCAAAAUAUCCAAUCGGUACUAAAGUUGUAUCCCACAAAGGAUGGUGCGAUUAUACAAUAGCUAAAGAAAAUGAGAUCAUUCCAAGCAACAAUAUCCCGGAUACCGUUUACAAAAUACCAGAUCUGAAAGGACUUUCUGAAUCAUUGGCCGUAGGAACAGUCGGAAUGCCAGGCGUUUCGGCUUAUUUUGGAUUUUUGGACAUAUGCAAACCUAAACCCGGUGAAACUGUGGUAGUGACUGGAGCAGCGGGCGCUGUCGGCUCGUUGGUUGGACAAAUCGCUAAAAUAAAGGGAUGCAAAGUUAUCGGAUUCGCUGGUUCUGAUGAAAAAGUCAACUGGCUAGAGAAGGAGCUCGGGUUCGACAAAGCUAUUAAUUACAAAACUGCCAAUAUCGAAAAGGGCCUUAAAGCGGCUGCACCCAACGGCGUAGAUUGCUACUUCGAUAACGUUGGAGGGGAGAUAAGCACUAUAAUAAUGAACCAAAUGAACGAAUUAGGACGAGUCACGAUAUGCGGAUGCAUAAGUGUAUACAACGAAGAUUUAGACAAACUGCCAAAAGGUGCAAUGUUGCAACCUAUGAUUUUAUUCAAAGAGCUGAAAGUAGAAGGUUUUAUAAUUUGGAGGAAAUUUAAUCGUUGGAAUGAAGGAUUUUCACAAAUUGUCGAGUGGAUUAAAAAUGGACAAGUAAAAACAAAGGAACAUAUCACGGAGGGCUUCGAUAAUCUAUAUGAUGCGUUUAUCGGCAUGUUAAACGGACAGAACAUGGGUAAAGCAGUUGUUAAGAUUUAA